CAUUUCGUUCACUUACUUCACGUUGCACAAUGUAGCUUGUUAUUGCGUAACCUUCCACAUAAAUAUAAAUACACGUGCUCGAAAUUUUACUUGGUGAAGUUUUUCUGUGUAACUUGUGUCUUACAGAAAUAACAGGAAUUCAGUAUUCUUGUGAUACUUUCAAAAAUUUUUGCGAAAAAUAUUAGAUACGGUUCUGGACCUUCGUCGAUAUAGGUACUGCUCGUUCAUAGAUAAGGUGAAUCGUCUAGUGUGGACCCAAAUCAACAAAUUUCAAUAACAGCACACUGUUUAGAAACUACAGUCAUCAGUUCACUGUCAAGGCCACCGUUACAUCAUUCAUAAAACCGUUAAAAAUGGUACUUUCACUAGAUCGAUGGGUCGGAAAAGUCGCCGUAGUGACAGGAGCAAGUUCUGGAAUAGGUGCAGCCAUUGCAGACUUCCUGGUUGACAAAGGACUAAUAGUCGCUGGUUUAGCUCGUCGUUCUGAACGCGUAGAGAAAAAAGCUAAAGAGCUGUCUGGCAAAAAAGGGAAACUCCAUGCUAUUAAAACUGACAUCACCAAAGAAGAAGACAUACUGAAUGCCUUCAAAUGGAUCGAAGAAAAUUUGGGCCACGUUCAUAUUCUCAUCAACAAUGCUGGUGUUUCGAAGGAGGAUUUUUUAAGAAAUGGAGAUGCAGCGAUUUGGAAACAAGUUUUGUAUGUGAAUGUCAUGGGUUUGUGUAUUGCUACUCGGGAGGCUGUAAAGAUAAUGUCUGCUAAUAACAUCAAGGGGCAUAUUAUUCACAUCAAUAGUGUGGCUGGGCAUAAAGUGCUGAAUUAUCCCGGGAUGAAUCUUUAUACUGCUAGUAAAUAUGCUGUGACCGCUUUGACUGAGACCCUGAGACAUGAGUUGAAUGCUAUUGAUUCUAAAAUUAAAACGACUAGUCUCAGUCCUGGGUUAGUCACUAGUGAAACGACAACUCUUAAUCCUGAGCUUAGUGAGGAGCGUAAAAAGUUGCGCGUCACUUUGCCGAUACUAGAUCUAGAGGAUGUUGCUGAGGCUGUAGGAUAUCUCUUAUCCACUUCUGAAAAUGUUCAGAUUAAUGAGUUAACUAUCACUCCAGUUGGCGAGAAAUUUUAAAUUCACAUCCAUUGCCUAUUUCCUGUUAUUUGUUCCAAUGCAUUUACAAUUGCUCUUAUUCUUAAUAAAACUGAGUAAUAUUUUUUUUCAAACAAUUAAAAAGAGUAUUGUUUACUAAAAUCUGAACAAUAAAGUUUUAGUGCUCACAAUAGCCAUUCGUACAAUAAAACAGGAUAAGCAAUGGUUUUGCGUAUUAAGUGUGCUAUUUUUCACCGAAACGAAGUUUAGGUUAGAAACACGCCGUGUACAGAAAAAGCUUUUCCAAACAUGUUGCGCACAUGAUUUUUUCAAGUUUAAAGUAUAAUCAGUCGAAUAAAAAACAGCUGAAAGACAACAAACUACGUAGCAUGGUGACGCAUUAUGGCAGCAGCGCGAAGGGCGUCUUGUCGUGAAUGUCUACUUGUCCCAACCACAACUUCAACACUCUACGUGCGUUUUAAGUAAUCGCAUUCCUGAGGGUUCUAGGUACUCCGCGUCGUUAUCCCGUGCUUCUGAAAUCUCCCAAAUUUUGACGGU